UAUGAACAAUACAAAUAAAUGCAAAAUUAUUUUACUUACAGGCUAUUUAGGUUCUGGUAAAACUACAUUAUUACAAUAUAUCCUAAAGGUGUAGAAUCUAUAUUAAGUGGCUGUAAUUUAGAAUGAAUUUUCAGAUGAAAUGGGAAUUGAAGCACCUUUAAUGGUAGAUAAUAAUGGAGAUAUAUUUGAUUCUUUUUUUGAAUUGCCCAAUGGUUGUAUAUGUUGUUCUGCAAAGUAAAAUAAAAAGUCAUUAAAAGAGGAUAAUUGAUGACAGCCAUUUAAUAUUUUAUUGAGAAGAAACCAAAUAUUCAAUUUAUAAUAAUUGAAUCAAAUGGUUUAGCUGAUCCUUCAAGUUUAAUAAAGGAGUUAUGGGCUGAUUAAGGAUUAAAUUUACCAGCAGAAUUAGCAACAAUAGUAGGUUUAAUUCCAUCCCAUAAAUUUAAGACACUUUAUGAGUUAGAAAUAUUUAGAAAAUAAAUAAUACAUGCAGAUUUAUUGUUGUUAAAUUUUUAAGUAUAUCAAUUAUUAUUAUUAUUUAAAGGAUUUGUGUAAAGAGGAUGAUAUAAAUUUAAUAGAAAAGUAAUUAAAAAUAAUUAAUCCUAAUUCUAAAUUACUAAAAUCUGUAAAAGCAUAAAUUGAUAUUCAAAAUAUUUUCGAAUCAGAAAAAGCAGACAAUAAAAUAUUUGAUUAAGAACAUAUCCAUUUUGAAGAAAUUGGAAAUAUAAAUAAAAUAUUUUUAAAUAUAAAUACUCCUAAUAUUACUCAACAAGAAUGGAAUAUUAAAAUUGGAUAAAUGUUGUGGGAAGAAGGUUUGAAUAUAAUGAGAAUUAAAGGGUUGUUAUUUUGUAAAGAUGAAUAAUUCAUGUAUUCAUUAUAAGGAGUGGAAGAUAUCUUUGAAAUAACUCCUACAAAUUUAGCAAUAUCAAAUCAAUAAUCAAUUAGUAAAAUUUUGAUUAUUGGAUAAUAAAUAACAGAAGAACUGAUAAAAAAUAUUAUUCUUAAUAAUUGA